UUCAUCGACUUCAAGGACAAAGAACAAACUUAACUGGCGCAGUCGACAGGGAUCGGCGAGCUCUACAACAUCGAAUGCUGGACCAGUGGUGAGAAGAUCAAGUCAUCCAACGGCCACCUCCUGCACCUUCGAGAAGACCCCAAAGCAGCCAAGUCCGGCACCGUGGAGGAGAUCCGGAAACGGCAGUGCAUUCAGCAACGGGUGAGCAGGAUUUCUUGCGUCUUUCUCAAGUUGGCAUGGCAGUUGGUGUGUAGAGCUCAUGGUGAGGACACGCGGGGGCGCAGAGACAAUGGAGUCUAAUGGAGUUGAGGGUGCAACUGUGGCGGAAAUGGAUCGGAAUCAGGAGUUAUCAAAUGACGGUAUUCUAAAUUCCGAUAACUCAAAUGAAGUGAGAGCACCCAAUCAGAGCCAGGAAUUGUCGCAGCAGGUAUCUCAGCCUUUGCAAAUUCCAAAUGAUACAAGAAUGCUCGAGCUCGAGGUUCAAAAGCUUCAACUUCAGAUUGAGUACGAAAGGCUGUUGCAGACAAGGACGAGUGCUGAACGUCUCAAUGGUUCGUUGCCGAGCACUGGGUCUGAGCGGGGCGAUCAGAGGUGGAUGGGUUUCGAUUCCAUCGAGCAAUGCGCAAAAGUGCUGAAAGGGUUCCGCCUGCCGUGUGACGCGGAUGUACCAUUAUGGUUUGAGGAAGUAGAAAAACUUUUUGCUACGUACAGGGUACCGCAUGAGAGUCGCGUGCAUCUGGUCAUGCCAGCGCUAACUGAACGCGUCCGCUACCUACUGCGUAACCUCAACCAGGAAGAGAGUACAGAUUACGAGUCAGUUAAAGAGGCAGUGUUGAUGGAACUGAAGCUUUCUCCGGCAGAGUAUCUGCAGAGGUUUGAGAGAGCAGUGAAGCGUAAGGAGGAGACGUGGUCACAGUUCGCUUCGCGAGUGAAAACGUAUUUGUCUUACUACCUCCAAGUGAGAGGGGCUGACACUGUAGAGGUGAUGGCAGAACUCAUGGUAGCAAAUCGUAUAAAAUCGGGCCUUGGUAUAGAGGGUCUCGGGUACGUGAGGCUACGAGAAGGCGAGGGAUGGUUUAAGCCACCUGAGAUCGCCAAAGUGCUACAAACUUUUGAACAGGCGAAAGGCAAGGGGUACGCUUCAAAGCCGUCAGCGGCAGACAUGGGGCAAGAGCCGCCCCCGAGUAGAGAAAGCGCCCUCAAAUGUCACUUGUGUCACGGCUCGGGCCAUUUCGCUAAGGAUUGCCCGAAAUCUAGCGAUAAGAUAAAUCAAUCAAAGAGGGCUUUUGAGCCAAGGCAGAGGGUACAAAAGAUACCUGAGGGAAGUGAGAUUCCUGAUGGAAUCCUUACUGCAAAUAUAAAAGCCGUGAGACGCAACUGUGAAGGGAUGACUAAAGUACAGUUAAUUCCUAUCUCGUGCGAAGAUGUAUCCACAGUUGCGAUUAUGGAUACAGGGAGUGAAAUAACUGUUAUACGGGAGAAUCUGCUUCCGAAAAGUCUCGUGGAGCCGUCAGGCACGGUAAGAUUGGUGUCUGCUUUUGGGGAAAUUAUCCAGGCAAAACUGGCUACGUUGCCGGUAAGGUUAAAUAGCCCGAAUAUGGCUGAGGAACCUCAGAACGUCGACCUACUCUGUGCGUUGACUAAUGAGCUCGUCAAGGGCACGGAUUGUUUGUUGACCCAUGAAGAUUUGGAACUUUUGAUGAAGGCCAACAGCUCUGUGCCAUCCCGUGGAGCACCGACCGAGCCUGUCCAUGUGUUAGAACAAUCAAAUGAGUCGGUGUCACUGAGCGGUACGUGA